CCCACUCAGUCCUUUCAUCCCAUUAAAAAGAAACGAAGAAGAAGAAAAGGAAAAAAAAACGACUAUUCUAUUUUACUUUAUUCGAUUCGAUUUUCUUUGUCUCUCUUUAUUUUCUCUCUUUUAGUAUUCUCUUUACUGUUAUUUUGUUUUAUUUUUAAAGAAGACAAAAAAAAAUACACACACACCAAAAAAAAAAAAGAAACCACCACCGUCUCUACCACCACUAUCAAUUCCAAGAUUCGUAAAGAGUUGACCUAAUGGCAUCAUUCAUUUUCCAACGCGCUGUAGCAUUUUCAUUGCUUGUCAGCUUGUUCUUUUCAUUCUUCGCGUCUUCAGAUGCAACUGCCUUGACCUACAAUGUAGCUGCUCAAGAAAAGGCAUGUUUCUAUGUUUGGGCAGACACACCCGGAAAGAAAGUUGGAUUCUACUUUGCUGUUCAAUCGGGAGGAUCGUUUGAUAUAGAUUAUGAAGUGCGUGAUCCUCGGGACGAUAUUGUUCUUUCUGGCGAAAAGUCCAGACAGGGAGAUUAUGUGUUUACUGCAAACUACGUUGGAGAAUACAGCUUCUGCUUUAUCAAUGAUAUGUCGACCUUUGCCGAGAAGCUGGUUGAUUUUGAAAUCACACUUGAGCACGAAGUCCGUCCCAACUAUCAAAAGGAAGGCUCAUCAUCUGAGCCUCCGGUAGCCCUCAAUGCAAUGGAAGAAUCGCUCUUUAGACUGUCUGGAUCUUUGACCAAUGUGGCUCGCACCCAAAAGUACUUUCGCACACGUGAAAACCGUAAUUCCAGCACUGUCAUCUCUACAGAAAACCGGAUCUUUUGGUUUGCUAUUCUUGAAAGUGGGGCUAUCAUCUUGAUGGCAUGCGUCCAGGUGUUUGUUGUCCGAAGUUUCUUUAAUGUAAAGAAGGGUGGCGUCUAAGUUCUCUUUAUAUAUAUAUAUAAGAAAAAGACAAAGAAAAAGAAAAAGAAAAAUAUAAAAAAAUAUGAAUAUGAAUAUGAAUAAAGCAGUAUAUAUUUAUGUAUUUAUAUAUACAUGUAUAUAACAU